AUGGCCGUGGUGCUGCGGUACAUGUGGCCUCUCCUCCUCUGCAGCCCCUGCCUGCUCAUCCAGAUCCCUGAGGAAUAUGAAGGAUACCAUGUGAUGGAGCCACCCGUCAUCACAGAACAGUCUCCACGGCGCCUGGUUGUCUUUCCCACAGAUGACAUCAGCCUCAAGUGUGAGGCCAGUGGCAAACCUGAAGUGCAGUUCCGCUGGACAAAGGAUGGCGUCCACUUCAAACCCAAGGAGGAACUGGGUGUGACCGUGCAACAGGCGCCUCACUCCGGCUCCUUCACCAUCACUGGCAACAACACCAACUUUGCCCAGAGGUUCCAGGGCAUCUAUCGCUGCUUUGCCAGCAAUAAGCUGGGCACUGCCAUGUCGCACGAGAUCCAGCUCAUGGCCGAGGGUGCCCCCAAGUGGCCAAAGGAGACGGUGAAACCAGUGGAAGUGGAGGAAGGGGAGUCGGUGGUCCUGCCUUGUCACCCUCCACCCAGCGCAGAGCCGCUCCGGAUCUACUGGAUGAACAGCAAGAUCCUGCACAUCAAACAGGAUGAGCGGGUGACAAUGGGCCAGAACGGCAACCUCUACUUUGCCAAUGUGCUCACCUCGGACAACCACUCAGACUACAUCUGUCACGCCCACUUCCCGGGCACCCGAACCAUUAUUCAAAAGGAACCCAUUGACCUCCGGGUCAAGGCCACCAACAGCAUGAUUGACAGGAAGCCACGCCUGCUCCUCCCCACCAACUCCAGCAGCCACCUGGUGGCCUUGCAGGGCCAGCCAUUGGUCCUGGAGUGCAUCGCCGAGGGCUUCCCCACGCCCACCAUCAAGUGGCUGCGCCCCAGCGGCCCCAUGCCGGCCGACCGCAUCACUUACCAGAACCACAACAGGACCCUGCAGCUGCAGAAUGUGGGCGAGGAGGACGACGGCGAGUAUCGCUGCUUGGCCGAGAACUCGCUGGGUAGUGCCCGGCACACCUACUACGUCACUGUGGAGGCUGCCCCGUACUGGCUGCACAAGCCCCAGAGCCACUUGUACGGGCCAGGAGAGACCGCCCGCCUAGACUGCCAAGUCCAGGGCAGACCCCAACCAGAGGUCACCUGGAGAAUCAAUGGGAUCCCCGUGGAGGAGCUGGCCAAAGAUCAGAAGUACCGGAUCCAGCGUGGCGCCCUGAUCCUGAGCAACGUGCAGCCCAGUGACACGAUGGUGACCCAGUGCGAGGCCCGCAACCGGCACGGGCUCCUGCUGGCCAAUGCCUACAUCUAUGUUGUCCAGCUGCCAGCCAAGAUCCUGACGGGGAACAACCAGACGUACAUGGCAGUCGAGGGCAGCACUGCCUACCUUCUGUGCAAGGCCUUCGGAGCCCCUGUGCCCAGCGUCCAGUGGCUGGACGAGGAAGGGACAACAGUGCUUCAGGAUGAACGCUUCUUCCCCUAUGCCAAUGGGACCCUGGGCAUCCGUGACCUCCAGGCCAAUGACACUGGACGCUACUUCUGCCAAGCUGCCAAUGACCAAAACAAUGUGACCAUCGUGGCUAACCUGCAGGUUAAAGAUGCAACUCAGAUCACACAGGGGCCCCUGAGUGCAAUCGAGAAGAAAGGCUCAAGGGUGACAUUCACGUGCCAGGCCUCCUUUGACCCCUCCUUGCAGCCCAGCAUCACUUGGCGUGUGGAUGGUCGAGACCUCCAGGAGCUUGGGGACAGUGACAAGUACUUCAUAGAGGACGGGCGCCUGGUCAUCCACAGCCUGGACUACAGUGACCAGGGUAACUACAGCUGUGUGGCCAGCACCGAGCUGGACGCAGUGGAGAGCAGGGCACAGCUCUUGGUGGUGGGGAGCCCCGGGCCGGUGCCUCAGCUGGAGCUGUCUGAUCGGCACCUGCUGAAGCAGAGCCAGAUGCGCCUAUCUUGGAGCCCCGCUGAAGACCACAAUGCCCCCAUCGAGAAGUAUGACAUUGAAUUUGAGGACAAGGAAAUGGCGCCUGAGAAAUGGUACAGUCUGGGCAAGGUACCAGGGAACCAGACCUCUACCACCCUCAAGCUGUCGCCCUAUGUCCACUACACCUUUAGGGUUACUGCCAUCAACAAAUACGGCCCCGGGGAGCCCAGCCCCGCCUCUGAGACUGUGGUCACACCUGAGGCAGCCCCAGAGAAGAACCCUGUGGACGUGAAGGGGGAAGGGAAUGAGACUAACAAUAUGGUCAUCACGUGGAAGCCGCUCCGGUGGAUGGACUGGAACGCCCCCCAGGUUCAGUACCGCGUGCAGUGGCGCCCUCAGGGGACACGGGGGGCCUGGCAGGAACAGAUUGUGAGCGACUCCUUCCUGGUGGUGUCCAACACGUCCACCUUUGUGCCCUAUGAAAUCAAAGUCCAGGCCGUCAACAGCCAGGGCAAGGGCCCUGAGCCCCAGGUCACCAUUGGCUACUCCGGGGAGGACUACCCCCAGGCGAGCCCUGAGCUGGAAGGCAUCAAGAUCCUCAACUCAAGCACAGUGCUGGUCAGGUGGCGGCCUGUGGACCUGGCCCAGGUCAAGGGCCACCUCAGGGGAUACAAUGUGACGUACUGGUGGGAGGGCAGUCAGAGGAAGCACAGCAAGAGGCACGUCCACAAAAACCAUGUGGUGGUGCCCGCCAACACCACCAGCGUCAUCCUUGGUGGCCUGAGGCCCUACAGCUCCUACCAUCUGGAGGUGCAGGCCUUUAACGGGCGGGGGUUGGGACCCGCCAGCGAGUUAACCUUCAGCACCCCAGAGGGAGUGCCUGGCCACCCCGAGGCGUUGCACGUGGAGUGCCAGUCGGACACCAGCCUCCUGCUGCACUGGCAGCCGCCUCUCAGCCACAACGGCGUGCUCACCGGCUACGUGCUGUCCUACCACCCUCUGGCUGAGGGGGGCAAGGAGCAGCUGUCCUUCGACCUUCCGGACCCCGAGCUUCGGACACACAACCUGACCAACCUCAGCCCCCACCUGCGCUACCAAUUCCAGCUUCAGGCCACCACGAAGGAGGGCCCUGGCGAGGCCAUUGUGCGGGAAGGAGGCACCAUGGCCUUGGGGAUCCCGGAUUUUGGCAACAUCUCGGCCACGGCAGGUGAGAACUACAGCGUCGUCUCCUGGGUUCCCAAGGAGGGCCAGUGCAACUUCGGGUUCCACAUCUGGUUCAAAGCCUUGGGAGAGGAGCCGGCGGGCGUCCCGCUGCGGCCGCAGUACGUCAGCUACAACCAGAGCUCGUACACGCAGUGGGACCUGCAGCCCGACACCGACUACGAGAUCCGCCUGCUGCGGGAGCGGGUGCUCCUGCACCAGAUGGCCGUCAAGACCAACGGCACGGGCCGCACGAGACUCCCGGCCGCCGGCUUCACCAGCGAGGGCUGGUUCAUCGGCUUCGUCAGCGCCGCCAUCCUGCUGCUGCUCAUCCUGCUCGCGCUCUGCUUCAUCAAGCGCAGCAAGGGCGGCAAGUACUCGGUGAAGGACAAGGAGGACACCCAGGUGGACUCCGAGGCCCGACCCAUGAAAGACGAGACGUUUGGGGAGUACAGGUCCCUGGAGAGUGACAACGAGGAGAAGGCCUUCGGCAGCAGCCAGCCGUCUCUGAACGGAGACAUCAAGCCGCUGGGAAGUGACGACAGCCUGGCCGAUUACGGGGGCAGCGUGGACGUCCAGUUCAACGAGGAUGGCUCCUUCAUUGGCCAGUACAGUGGCAAGAAGGAGGAGGCGGCAGGAGGCAACGACAGCUCAGGAGCCACCUCCCCCAUCAACCCUGCCGUGACCCUGGAAUAG